AUGGCUCCAGCAAACAGCCCUCGUGUUCCGAGAGCAGUAUCAAGGGUGCCCUCAAUAGCACCUUCAAUUGCAUCCUCACUUCCCUUUCCGGUCGUACCUUCGUCAUUGCAAAUCGCUCUCGCCGUUGCUGUCGUCAAGUCGAAGCCAGAUAAUGUCUCAAUUAAGGAUUUCAUACUCCGUCUGCGCGAGCAUCUGAGACGUGGGAAGCGACCUGAGCUGAAAGCCGUCCAGCAUCAACAUCUCGAUGGCGCCGGCUACUGGCGGGACCAAUUCGAACGAGCAGAAAGGGUCAGACUUGAGCUCCAAGCCAAGAUAUCUCACUUGGAACGAGGGAAAGACGAUCUAAAGCGCCUCCUAGCAGAGGCCAGGUCGUCAGAGUCGGCGGCCACUUCCUCGAAGCGUAAACGGGAGACUGCAAAAGCUUGCUCGUCCUCCAAGUCUGUGAAACGGUCUAAGGUAUCAAACGAUACCCCUGCGCAAGACGAGAUUACCCACGACCCGUUCUCGGAAGAUUAUGAAACUCUUACCGGCACCACUCUCGCCAACAGCUUAUAUAGUGUUCACAAACUGUUCAGGCAAUCAUGGCAGUCAAGUGCGGACUCUCAAGCACUCUGUUUCAAUCUGGUUCAGACUGCUCGUGCCUUGGGAUCCGUCAUAUUUUCGUCGUGUAAACGACAAGAUUCAGCUACUACUACUUCUUCUGUCACCGGAGGUAAACAGAAGCAGACAGUAGAGGCCGUUCUUCUCGCGAAAGAUCAAAUUGAUCUCGGAUCGACUAUCAGGGUGUCAGCCCGAGCCUUCACUUCGUUGCUAGUCGGCCUGACUAGACUCUCAGAGCAUCGCCAAAACCAACUUGCAGGCAUAGUGGUCUAUGAAUGUGUGAAGAUGUUUCGGAAUAUUCUUGACGGCAUCACAGAAUCUGCUUUGGCAACAGCAAAGCUCAACUUGCCGACGGCGGGAGCCGCCAGCUCUUCCACGGCUACUGGAAAGAGUCGCGCAAAGGCUAUGAAAACUGUACAGGAUACCACCUCCCGAGGCAUCGUUCAGUUUCUUAAUGCCGCUAUUUCUUACCUUGAUGUCGGCGAUCAAUUGCACAAGCAGCUGUUUGAAGGCUUCAUGUUUGUUCUUCUUGAACGCAUCGGAAAGCGUCUUUACGUCUGCACAUUCGACCGCGAGCGAAGUGCAACUAUCGAAGGAGAUAUUAGCCCACCAGAGAACCUUGGUUCUGCGUCCGCUGGACCCAGGAAGGAGUUGGAGCAAAAGGCUCUUCGGCUGGAAAUUCCGAAUCUCAUUGCCAUGCUAGAGAAGGCGAUGUCUCACGCCCCGCACCAUAUGCACGCUCACUCAGAAGCGGGUUCGAAGUCUACAAAGGGCGGAUCGCAAACCGGUAAAUCUACGUUGGGCCCCAGGCGUCCGACCAUUGGUGCGAAGGUUACCUUAAAUCGGCGCGCAAAAGAGCGCCUUCAGCAGACACUAAUCAAUUGCAUGUUUGGAGGAGACGACAAAGACGACUUCUUGGAUUGCCUCAGGAUGCCUCCUCGCUUGGCAGCUUUGCCAUCCCUUCCAAGGAUAGAGGAGAAGGACAUGACUGAAUGGUUCAAGAAGGAGGUUUGGAGGCUCGUUGGUUGGGACAUUCUAGGUAGGGAGGUAGAAUGGUAGGUCUCGUCCCACAGUGCUUUUCAUGGAGUCGGUACUAGUACUCUCACUCUCGAACUCGUCUACGCUUAUAUUUUCUAUCUUUCGCUACCCUCGUCAAAAAGCAAAGCUUUCAUGUUUGUAUCCACAUAUACCCUUAUAUUCUUUUAUGCUAUGAUGGAGGAAAAUCAGCAUAGUCGAACAGAAUCUAGCCAGCAUAUUCCCUAGAGCUACAUAAGAAUAUUCCAAUGAAACAAAUAACAGUCUAUAUC